AUGACAGUGGCAUCGCAAGCAGGGACCGAGUCCCCUAGUGAACACUCCAUUACCAGCCCAGUAACAGUCACUGGCAACAGUCCCGGUCCUUCAAGUCCAGGAAGUGAGCGCUCCAGCCCCAACUCGUCUCCCACCGAGGACCUGAGGAUCGAUACCCAACAGUCACCCGCUCAUGCGCCGCCAAACGGUACCGAGCUGUCGCAGAAGCGAAAACGGUCGGUCUCAGACGACGAUGCUGGACGGUCGCCACUCCAUGCGAACCAUGCGAUCAACGUGGCUCCCCAACAUGUUGCUGAUCGUGCUCUUCAUAUGCUGAGUGUAGAUGAAAGCUCUCCUCAGUACCCACCUACAAACGGCAUCCAUCCCAACGGCCAGCCUUGGAUACACGAUGCCAAGAGGCGACACACCAACAAUCUUCCCACACCCGACACCCCAAGCAACAACACAGAUGAGCGGCGUUGGGCUACGACCAAUGGCUCUCUUCAUGCAGUAUACCCACACGAUCCGGUCACUCCUGCGACGGCUCAAAACAAACCACGGAAACGGAACUUUUCUAACCGCACGAAGACGGGAUGCAUGACGUGCCGCAGACGAAAGAAGAAAUGCGACGAAGAAAAGCCAAUAUGCGGAAACUGCAUCAAAGCCGGCCAGGAAUGUGAGGGCUACAUGAACGUCAAUAUGCAACGUGGUGGUGCACUGGGUCUGAAAACUCCAGGCAUUAAACCUGUACCACUUCAGUCAAAGUCUGGUCCGGUCGAUUCACCACAUCAACAGCGACUCAACGAGUCACCUCUCGCAGCGACAUCGUACAGUGCACCUCAAGCUAGACCUGCCCUUAUGGACGAUCACGGCCAUGCGCAACCCACCGCGAAUGCGACCGAGUCCACCUCAGACGAGACACGUAACACGCGGCCCUCGGGCUACCCUGGUCCACCACAUGGUCAAGGGCAGCCCUGGCCACAACAACAAGCUCAGCCUCCACAACCGUCAUCAAAUACAAAGAUCGACCUCCCUCCCCUCACUGAUCUGAGGAGAAAUGGUGACUUGACAACCUCACCGACACAAAACAUGCGCCCUCCCACCCAGCCAACGCCAGGAACAUCGGCUGCCAUGACGCAGCAGAUUCCACAUCACCAUCAUCCUCCCCCACCUCCACCACCACCACCCCAACAAGCACCACCACAAGCUUACCAAGGCCCGUCUCCUCAACCGUCCCCCUAUUCCCAGCAUAACUAUCCUCCCGCUCCGCCACCACCACCACCACCACAACACGAUUCUUACGCUCGCGUGCCACCACAGCAGCCACCACACUCGUCCGAUUAUCCGCACCACAGCCGAGGUCCCUCGUACGACAUAGCGCCACCGCACCCGCCCCCACAACCCUCCUCACACUCCCACCAAAUCACCCCCUCCAUGUCCAUCUCCACCAUAUCCGGCGGCGGCCCCCCUUCCAGCACGAGCGGCACCUCGUCCAAAACCUUCAACGCCGAAGACGUCGAGCGCUCCAAAAUGGCGCGCCUCUCGCGCUACAACCACCUGGACGCGACGCUCGUCUGGGAACGCCGCCGCUGCGACGCCGCCGUCGAGCGGUACAACGCGGAACUCGCGCUCACAGCCUCCAAGAACGACGAGGAGAUCCGCAACUCGCUGUGGAAGGUGGUCGACCCGUCGCGCGACGGGUUGUUCCAGGGCCGCGCGCAGAUCAAGGAAAAGGGCGUGCUGAGCCACGGCGUCUUGGUGGAGCGCGGGUUCCGCUGCAGCUACGGCUAUAAUCUGAAACUCAUGGAUAGCGUGUACAUCGACCGCGACGUGUUUGUGGACGAUGCGGCCAAGGUGGAGAUUGGGGCGCGCAGCUGGAUUGGUGCGGGCACCACGAUCCUCACCAGUGCGCCGUGCAGUGAUUCGUUGGAUCGGAAUGGUGGGGCGACGCAGAGGGUGGCGAAUCCGGUGGUCAUUGAGAGUGAGGUGCAGGUUGGGGCCGGGUGUAUUAUUUAUCCCGGGGUCAGGCUGGGGAGGGGAUGUGUGGUCAAGCCCGGGUGUGUGGUGGAUGUUAGUGUUGAGGGUGGGAGGUGGUUUGGCGUUGGGGAUGGGGGCAGUGCUGGUGGGGGAGGGGUAGGGAGGGGUGGACGGUGGUGA